UUUGUAUUGAUCGCUUCGCAUCGGACGCCGUCCCCGACACAGUCAUGUCUUACGAGCGGAAGCCGCAGACGCGGAUCUUUGUUGGCGGCCUGGGCGACAACAUGGCCAAGGACGACCUCGAGCGGGAGUUCGGCAAGUACGGCCGCCUCAACCAGGUCUGGGUUGCCCAGAACCCGCCGGGCUUCGCCUUCCUCGAGUUCGACGACGACCGGGACGCCGACGAGGCCAUCCGCAACAUGAACGGCGUCGUGCUCAACGGGUCGCGACUCCGGGUCGAGUACUCCCGCGAGCGGGGCGGCUCCCGAGGAUUCCGCGGAGGACCCCGCGGCGGCGGAGGCGGCGGGUACCGCGGAGGACCCCCGAGGCCGUCCCCCGGCGGCGGAGGAGGCUACCGAUCGGGCCCACCCCGCGGCGGCGGAGGUUACGGUGGCGGAGGUGCCAGGCGCGGCCCAGGAGGCGGCGGCUACGACUCGUGGGGCCACGACGACCGCUACGGUGGUGCCGGCGACGAUGGCUGCCAGGACUAUGGCACCGGCUCCAGCCCGCGGUACCGUAGCCGAUCUCCCUUGGGAGCACAGAGCGGCUACAAUUGAGGCGCUGACGCAGUCGACACUCGGCCGGCCCGGGUCGACUCGCUACUUCUACUACUUCGCACUGGCCGUCCCUUCCUUCCUGUGUCGCUGAAUUGGCCGGCCUAGAGAGAGAGAGCGAGAGUGCUUGUGCUACUAAGCGAGUGCUCUUCUUCUCACACAGCGUUUUUAUUGUUUCUUUUUUUUUUUUUUUGCCGGGGGUCGUCUCGUCGACGGUUACGACAAGGCCCCCCCGGCGUCACACGUUGUCACGACGAAAUAAAAGCCAAAAAACACGGUU